GCCCGCCGGAGGCAGCGGAGUGAUGGGGGUGGCCCGGCAGCGGGCGGGCUUAGCGCCGCCGCCCGACUCCCUCGGGGAGCCGAGGCUUGGCGGAGCGGGGGAGGCGGCGGUGAGGGGCGAGGGAGAUCUGGAGCUGGAAGACGAGGACGAAGAGGACCACCUGGCCGCGCUGCUGUUGCUCUUCACGUCUUCCUCGCCCUCUCAGCCGCUCCCGCUGCUGCCGGCGUUGGGAUCCGUCCUGCUCUCGCCCACUCUCGAUGAACAGGAGGCAGCGGCGGGGGCGCACGAUCCUGAGGGCAUGAUGACGGCAAUGCUGUCCCACGCUUACGGCGGCGGCCUGAGUGACGAUGGUGCGGUGGGCCUCUGCGGUGAGCAGACGGCGCUGAUCGGCGGAAAGAGCGUCAACACCACCGAAUGCGUGCCCGUGCCCAGCUCUGAGCAUGUGGCUGAGAUCGUGGGCCGCCAGGGUUGCAAAAUAAAAGCACUAAGGGCCAAGACAAAUACUUACAUUAAGACCCCUGUUCGUGGAGAAGAACCCGUCUUUGUUGUCACUGGGCGAAAGGAGGACGUAGCCAUGGCUAAAAGGGAAAUUCUCUCAGCUGCUGAACACUUCUCCAUGAUCAGAGCAUCACGCAACAAGAGCAGUCCUGCCCUGGGAGGCCUGCUAUGUACCCCUAACCUGUCAGGUCAGAUGACAGUCCAAGUCAGGGUGCCUUACCGUGUAGUUGGGCUGGUGGUUGGACCAAAAGGAGCUACAAUCAAAAGAAUUCAGCAGCAGACCCAUACCUACAUAGUCACCCCCAGCAGGGACAAGGAGCCAGUCUUCGAAGUCACAGGAAUGCCUGAAAAUGUCAACUGUGCACGUGAGGAGAUAGAGAUGCAUAUAGCCAUGCGUACUGGGAACUACAUUAAGCUGAAUAAAGAGAAUGAUUUCCAUUACAAUGGUACAGAUGUGAGCUUUGAAGGAGGCACUCUCAAGUCUGCAUGGCUUGCAUCUAAUCCCGUCCCUCUUAGCUGCACCAGAAUGCUUUCUAAUUCUAGGAAUGACAGCUCCAGCUCCUUGGGAAGUAGUUCCACAGAUUCCUGUUUUGGAAGCAAUAGAUUGGCUGACUUCAGCCCAAGUCCGUUCAGCACAGGCAACUUUUGGUUUGGAGAAAUGUUGCCUUCAGUGGGCACGGAAGACUUCACGGUUGACUCUCCUGUGUAUGACUCCUUAUCAAUGCCUUCCCAAACCAUUUGGACUCCUUUUGAACCUGUAAACCCUCUCCCUGGCUUUGGUAGUGACCCUGCUAGUAAUGCCAAGCCUCAAUGCCGAGGGAGACAGCCAUCUACUCCUUGCCUGUCACCCACAUUUCCAGAAAGCCUGGAUCACCCACUGGCUGGGAGAGUGAGUAGUGACCCACCUAGCACUGGCCACCAAGUAGGCCUUCCCAUCUACAUCCCUGCAUUCUCCAAUGGCACCAACAGCUAUUCAUCUUCCAAUGGUGGCUCCACAUCCAGCUCACCCCCUGAGUCGAGACAGAAGAACAACUGCAUGAUGUGCUUCGAGAACCAAGUUGUUGCAGCCCUGGUCCCCUGUGGUCACAAUCUCUUCUGCCUGGAGUGUGCCAACAAAAUCUGUGAAAAGGAAGUCCCAUCGUGUCCUGUUUGCCAGACAGCUGUUACUCAGGCAAUUCAAAUUCACUCUUAAAUAGAGAUAUUAUAGAGUUAUUAUUAUAUGUGGACUUUUAAAGACUCUUAAAGGCAUGAAUGUAAUGGUACCCUCUAGUAAACUUUCUAAUGAAUUAUGACUGUUGGACUUCCUUGGGAUUAGGCCGAAGUUAUUAAUAAAUUUUUACUUUCUCAAAA